AGAAGACUCGUUGAUGUUGGUAGCGUUCCGAGCUCAGAACUGUCUCUGUUGGUCCACUAGUUCGAUCCACGAAGUUCGUUCCUUCGCUAAUUUUAUUCACCACAGAGCUAACCUUGAACACACUUCGUAGAACAUGGAGCAACAUAAUUAUUGUUGAAGAAUGCUGCAUUUGGUUCCAAAGUUCUCUAAGGGCUUGCUCCAAUAUUCCACUGACUGUCAAUACUGGACAUAUGACUUUUGAGUUGAGGGAUAUUACCAAGAUGGGAACUAUCCUUCGCAGUGCAGUUCCGAAGAAAUCGAAUGACAGUGCCAGACUUAUUAUGACAACUAUUCUGGGAAUAGUAUUUGGUUUUUUUGUUGGUAUUUCCUUCCCAUCUGUUUCAGUAACUAAGCUUAACCUACAUUCUGGCCUUUUAUCAUCCAUUGAUGACAAUAGAUCUGGCAGAACUUCUAAAACUGAUCUAGAUAGGAGCAAACCCUCUGAGACUCAUGGAUCAGGUGAUAUUCCAAAGAUAAAUGUUCCAGCAAAUCCUCGUGGUGCAGAGUCAUUACCUCCUGGGAUUGUUGUGUCCGAGUCAGAUUUCUAUUUGCGAAGAUUAUGGGGAGAUCCCACUGAGGACCUUAAAAGUAAGCCAAAGUACUUGGUGACAUUCACUGUUGGAUUUGAUCAGAGGAAUAACAUCAAUGAAGCUGUUAAAAAGUUUUCUGAAGAUUUCACGAUUCUGCUUUUUCACUAUGAUGGUCGGACAAGUGAAUGGGAUCAGUUUGAGUGGUCACAGCGUGCGAUUCAUGUGAGCGUAAAGAGGCAAACAAAAUGGUGGUACGCAAAACGAUUUUUGCAUCCAGAUGUAGUUGCAGCUUAUGAUUACAUUUUUAUUUGGGAUGAAGACCUUGGUGUCGAGCACUUCAAUGCAAAGAAGUACCUUGAGUUGGUAAAGAAACACGGCUUGGAGAUCUCUCAACCUGGACUUGAGCCUAAUAAUGGACUGACUUGGCAGAUGACUAAGAGGAGGGGUAACAGUGAAGUUCACAAGGAAACAUUAGAGAAACCAGGCUGGUGUAGUGACCCACAUCUUCCUCCAUGUGCAGCGUUUGUGGAAAUUAUGGCCCCUGUUUUUUCACGGAAAGCUUGGCGUUGUGUGUGGCAUAUGAUUCAGAAUGAUUUGGUACACGGAUGGGGACUGGACUUUGCACUAAGAAGAUGUGCCGAGCAGCCUGCACAUGAGAAGAUUGGUGUGGUUGAUUCGCAGUGGAUUGUUCAUCAAGUGAUACCUUCCUUAGGGAACCAGGGCCAGGCUGAGAUGGGGAAAGCACCAUGGGAAGGGGUAAGAGAGAGGUGCAAAAGGGAGUGGGCGGAGUUUCAAAAUCGCCUUGCUAAUGCAGACAAAGCAUACUUUGCUCAGAUCGGGAUGGGAUAACUACAUGCACCCUUUGCUCUGUACUUUUCCUUAUGUCAACUUUUUUGUGAAUGCCUUUCAUUUUCUCCUUUCUUCCUCUAAGGGUGUUAGCUUUUUGUUCUUUAAGUGAAUUUUUCUUACUUAGUAUAGCUAGCCUUUUCCCACAGCUGUUGAGAUACAUAAUUACUAAGGGAAUAUAAUUUCACUUUCUGUCCA